AUGUCUGCCAAGCAGGGCAUCAAGAAGUACGACAAAGAAGCAGAACUGAAGCUAAUUGCCGAGUUCGCACAGCUACUAGGGUUCCAAGUUUUCCACGGAGUUAAAGCAGACGGACCCGACGGCAUCUCUUUUGAAGAAAAGAGAGGAGCCGGAGACAUGAUUAAUUUUAUUGAGGAAAAGAUCAAUAGGGGACACACCGAUGAGAAUCCAGUGCUAAGAGCUAGGAGCGUUUUCAACGGUCGAGUGCAGCGGGGAAUCUACACCAAGGAUAAGACAGCUUCUCCUACUGUGGAUCAAGAUUCACUUUUCAUCACCUGCAUUGUUGGCGCGAUCGAGGGAAGGUUUAAGGCCACCAGCAACGUCAGAGGAGCGUACCUAAAUGCAAAGAUGAAAGAUCGAGUAAUCAUGCGCAUUUUGGGACCCGAAGUCGAUAUCUUCUGUGAUCUUGAUCCCAGUCUAAGGGAAUUUGUCACCGUCGUGGAGGGCAAGAAAGUCCUGUACGUACAAUUGGACAGAGCAUUAUAUGGGUGCGUAAAAAGCUCGAUGCUAUGGUAUGAACUUUACUCGGAAACUCUCAUGGAUAUGGGCUUUAAGCUUAAUCCAUACGAUCUGUGCGUCGCCAACUGUGACAUUGAUGGAAUGCAAUGCACGAUUUGCUGGUAUGUAGACGAUAACAAGAUCAGCCAUAUGAAAUUGGAGGUCGUAAAGGAUAUCAUCGGGAAGAUUGAAGCCAAGUUCGGCAAGAUGACGAACAAGUUCGGCAAAGAGCACGAGUUUUUGGGAAUGAAGAUAACAUACAAAGACGGCAAGGUGGAGAUCAGCAUGAAGAAACACAUUCAAAAGGCGAUCGAUAUGUUUAUGGAUGGUAUCAAUAGAGAGGCAACUUCGCCUGCCAAGGCCUAUCUUUUUGAUGUGAGAGAAGCUGCGAAAGAUUUGAACGAGGAAAGGGCUGACAAUUUUCACAGCGUAACAGCGUCACUUUUGUAUGUCUCAAGACGAUGCCGUCUAGACAUUCAAACCGCCAUCGGUUACUUGUGCACUAGAGUAGGAUUCCCAGAUGAAGACGAUUGGGUCAAGCUCAAGAGAGUCUUGCAGUAUCUGAAAGGAUCGAUAGAUUUAACGAGAAUCAUUGGUGGAGACAACAUCAGAAGAAUGCAAGCAUGGGUGGAUGUUUCGUAUGGAAUCCACGACGACUGCAAAAGUCACACUGGAGGAUGCAUCUCUUUCGGCUGGGGGGUGAUUUCGACCA